GAUUGUGAGGAUAAGGAGCUCUGCUUCAGUGAAGCAGGCAACCAAACCCUGCCGCGCUCACACUGUGUUCGUUCCUUCCUCUGCUUUGCUAAUUCUCUCGCACCGAUCGCCCAAUGGUGGUGGCCAUUGCUACCGAGGCGUGGGCGCUUGCCGGAUGCGGCGCGGCGGCCAAGGCGGUGGCGCAGGAGGCGCCGGUGCAGCUGCAGCUGCAGCAGCAGCAUAGUCUCUCCGCAGCCAAGGCCAAGAAACCCAGUCGAGCGGUGGCGGUGGCCAGUAGCCAAUGCCACCAAGAACGGCGCGCCGCCGUCGUCGUCGGGAGGCGCACUGGCCUGGCGUCCUGCCUGCUCGCCGCCGUGGCCGCCUCCUUCUCCGGCGCCGGCGCCGGCGCGGCGCGGGCCGCCAUCCUCGAGGCCGACGACGACAUCGAGCUCCUGGAGCGCGUCAAGGAGGACAGGAAGAAGCGGCUGCAGAAGCAGGGCGUCAUCAGCUCAUCUGGCACCGAGACAGGGUACUUGCAGGAUCUCAUCUACAAGCUGAGCAAGGUAGGGCAGGCCAUUGACAAGAAUGACCUCCCUGCAGCAAGCACUGUCCUAGGCCCAAACUCUGAUGCUCAGUGGGUUCAGAACGUCAAUGCAGCUUUCACCAAGUUUAGCUCUAGCCCAGAGGAGAAGAAUAUGGUCGAUAGCUUCAAUUCCUCUUUGGCCUCCCUGAUUACAUCAGUGAACAAGAGUGAUGUCGAUUCAUCCAAGUCAGCGUUUGUGUCGUCCGCCACAACGCUGGAGAAAUGGAUAACUUCAGCAGGGUUGAGUGGCCAGCUUAAAGGAUUCUGAAUUUCUGAUGCCAAUUGAAAUGCCUGACAAUUACAUGACCAGGAAGAAGAAUUUGAAGAUAUGGAUUCGGCGGCUGUGUAUCUUGUAAGAGUGUAUAUGUAUGAAACUGAAUCUUCAGUUCAUGCAGAAUAUGAGAGAAUAGCCAUGGACCCAUGGUUCUGUUUUUUCUCUUUCCGUGGGAAGUAAAGCGUAUCAUUUCGUAUA